CUCACAUCCCCGCGUGCAUUCGGAGUGAACACAAAGCAUCGUGCUUGGGAAGAAGCGCGCGUGGAAACGUGUACCCUCCCAUCUUUGCGCAUAUCAUUAUCCGAGUCCCAUUCUAGGUGAAGCUGCCUCUCUCUGCCAUACUGAAGCAGGUGUCCAACAUGGCGAACGCUGGCAGCGGCUCUUUGGCGACUCUCCUCUUUCUAGUCCUCUUCCCAGCGGCUCUUCACAAAGGAGCGGCACAGGACCCAGUUGUGAGCCAAAACCUGGUGACAGAUAAUGUGUCUGUGGUGGAGGGGGACACGGCCAUCAUCAGCUGUCGAGUGAAGAACAACGACGACUCUGUGAUCCAACUGCUGAACCCCAACAGACAGACCAUCUACUUCAGAGACAUGAGACCAUUGAAAGACUCCCGCUUUCAGCUGGUGAACUUCUCAGACAACGAGCUGCGGGUGUCACUCUCAAACGUCUCGCUGUCAGACGAGGGUCGAUAUGUUUGCCAGCUCUACACAGACCCCCCACAGGAAGCCUACGCUGACAUCACAGUGCUAAUUCCUCCCGGCAACCCCAUCAUCGAAGCCCGAGAUGAGGUCCUGAGCGAGGGCAACGAGACAGAGAUGACCUGCUCUGCCAUGAGCAGCAAGCCCGCCGCCGCCAUCAGAUGGAUGAAGGGAGAUAAAGAGCUUCCAGGCAAACCCAAAGUUCAACUGACCUACGACAAGAUGUACACAGUAACCAGCCGGCUGACGUUCACCGUCAACAAAGAGGAUGAUGGGAUGCCUGUGAUUUGCAUCGUGGAUCACCCUGCAGUCAAGGACUUCCGAGCACAGAAGUACUUGGAGGUGCAGUACAAACCGGAGGUGAAGAUCGCGGUGAGGUUUCCUCAGGGUUUGACGAGGGAAGGAGAGAACCUGGAGCUGACAUGUCAAGCCAAAGGCAAACCGCAGCCCCACCGGGUGAACUGGUUGAAGGUGGAUGAUGACGUACCGUCUCAUGCUAUCAUCGCCGGGGCUGACCUUUACAUCGAGAACCUCAACAAGUCCUACAACGGGACCUACCGCUGCGUGGCCUCUAAUUCUUUGGGGGAGUCGUACGAUGACUACAUCCUAUAUGUCUACGAUGCUCCCACCACCACUCCUUCCCCCACCACAGCCAUCAUCACCACCUCCUCCAUCACCUCCACCUCAAGUCCCAGAGCCAAUCAAGACACUGCGCCCAGCACUGAACCUGCAGCUCAUGAUUCUCGAGCUGGGGAGGGAGCGCCGAGAACGGUGGACCAUGCAGUCAUCGGGGGAGUGGUGGCCGUGGUCGUCUUCGCCAUGCUCUGCCUACUCAUUGUCCUGGGUCGCUACUUUGCAAGACACAAAGGGACCUACUUUACACACGAAGCCAAAGGGGCAGAUGACGCCGCGGACGCCGACACGGCCAUCAUCAACGCCGAGGGCGGCCACACCAACUCCGAUGAGAAGAAGGAGUACUACAUCUGAUCUAAACUGGACCCCGCCCCCUCGCUUCCAAAGUCCUCCUCGGGACACGGAGCUGUAUUUUUUUUUUUUGGGGGGGGGGGGGGGUGUAUUGGGCAGAUAGGGGGGCAGAGAAGGGGACUGAAGAAGGGCUUUUUGAGCUGGAUCGCUUUUAGAGAGGGUCGGAAAGUAGAGAGGUUGUAAAGAGCAGCCUGGUUUCAAGCCGUUGUUUAGUCUAGUCUGCAGACGUAGAGGGAAUGUUUUGUGUGUUUAAAAAAAAACAAAAACGGUGUAAAAAAAAUAUUAAAAGAUUUUAAAAAAAAAAGGUGGGGUUUUCAGUAAACUGAGAAGGGGCCGGGUUGGGGGGGGGGGGGAGGGUUUGCCAGACGUUGCCAGAAAUCACUGUAGAGAGCUUCACCAUUCAACACCUUCCCUACUGCUGGUUUGAUUUGGUUUUUGCAGAAACUUCUGUGCCUUGUUCGGAUUUUUCUUUGUUUUAUCCACACGUUGCAUCUGUGUUGACGUCACUUCCCGUUUUCCACGCUUCAUUAGUAACACCCCCCCCUCUCACCACCAGCGCUCGUCUCUCCCGGUGUGCUGUCGGCAAACCGCCCACGAUUCGUUUCUGUAAGUGUCUGCGCGCCCCAGUCCUCUCCUGCAUCACAACAACUUUCCAGUAUACUGUGAUUUUGUCUCAAGCCAUCACUUCCUCUUCCUUUUCCCUCAAGUUUUGACAGCUCCAAGGAAAAAAAAAAAUGCAUGGAACGCUUUACAUAUCAAUGUACAAAGGAUUUAAAUGAGGCAAAGGUUUGUCGUAGCGGACUCCGAAAAAAAAAAGAACCAUCACCCACAAUCAAUUUUAAAAAGGGGGAGGCAGCAAAACAUGAUAUAGAGGGAAAUUCCAAUUCUCUCAGGAUCUAAAUUCAAUUUUAGCAACCUUAGUUUGCGCAUCAGGGCAGAUAAACAAUGUUAGUUCACUCUCUAAAUCGAUUACUUUUCUUAGUAAAAAGAAGUGUCACUGAAUUUUUCCUCGCUGCCCCGUUUUCUUCUUUUGCCUCCAUUCCACUUUUCCUUUUAUUUAUCUAAACCGACGGCCUGUUGUCCUGCUGGAUUCUUAUUGGAUCACUACGAUGGGUUCAAAGUGAUCUCCAUCUCCUCCCAGCCCAAGACAUUCUUUUCCAAACAAAUGAGAAAAAAAAAGGAAAAAUUCCUCUACUCCCGUUUGGCACAUUCCUGGUUCAGAAGCUGUGGCAGCUGGAAAAAAACUUAAAGUCCCAGUCCGAUCCUCUUUUGAUCUAUUUUCAAAGCGUUCCCACUGGUCUUUUAAUUCGAAUUAUGCUGUUUUUAGCCAAACAAACCUGUGUCGUUUUCAAGGACAUAGUUUCUGCAGAGCGGCAGGAGUUCAUUAGAAAUUCACCUCUAAAUUGCGGCCUUUGGAACUGAGCAACUCCGCCACCCUUUCCCAUCACCCAUGAUUGCACUGCAAAAACAGGCCCCGGAAACAUUUUUACUCUACUGGCAGAUUUUUUCUUUAGCCCUGGAGAACCCACGGGGUCAAAUUUGUCUGCUGUUUAUUUUGUUUUUUUAUUGUAAUUGUAGAAUUUUUUUUUUUUUUUUUGGUAGCUGUUCAUUGGCGUUACUCAAAAUGGACAAACAAUUUAAAAAAUUGUCGAAUUAACUUAUUUUUCCCACCCCAAAAAAGCAAGAAUUCCUAUUUUAAGAAAACAAUUUCUUAACCUACGAUUGUUUGGCCUUUGAAAAACGUUCUUGAUAUGUUUAUUUGAAAGUAAGGUACUUUUUUGUUUUACCCUCUUGAUAUUUAGUUUUUGCAGCGACAGCUUUCUGUUUGGUGGAUGCAUCAGAAUGGAGCAGAGCGGGGAGCUUGUGGCCCACCCGGCAUAUUUUGGACGUCACAAAUACCGUCUUUUUCAAGCGCCAUUUUUUUUCGUCCGCUCCAGAUUCACAGCAAUUUGGCUAGAGAAAUACUCAGAAAAACAAUUUUAAACCUGAUUCUCUUUAAAAAUGUCCGUUAUCAGAAAAGCGCCACAAAAAACUUAGUGUUUUAGUAUCGAAGUGGGUCUUUAAAGGUGAUCAGAAAUGUUGUACAUAAUUCCAAAAACAAACAUUUUUGUUCCCUCUUUAUCAGGCUCGUGUAAUGCCAAGCAUAAGCCGGCGAAAUCACUGCUGUAAUGAACACUAAUCUUUACUUAGACCUAUUUUUUACGCUUUUAUUAGAAGUACAGUCGAGUACCUUUGUGGGGUUUUUUUGUAUCACGCUCAUUGUAAGUUUGAUCGAACAGGCAAAUGUGUGGGAGAGUAAAGGAGACAGGUUUUCGUCAUCGUUGGCAUUUCCGCGGCAGCUUUUGUAUACUUAAAUAUUUCCUGCGUUCUGCAUGUGUGUGAUGCUCUCCGUUUUGCUUUAUAUAUCACCCGUCAAAACUGACCCCUGGGGCAGUUUUGUUGCGCCAGGUGGUGCGUGCUGAGGAUGCCAAAAGUCAUUCAUUGCUUGUGACUUGUUCCACAUUUUGUGCUCCUUGGUGUUGACCCCUGACUUGCAUUAGCUUCUUGCCGUAAGCAGUGAGAGCGUGCUGAUGGACCGCUGAAGCGUUCGCACGGCGAGCAACGUUCUUUCUGUGGCGUCUGUGGAUGAUUCGAGUUAGACGGACCGCCUGUCCUUCAUCUAAAAUGGUCAUUUUCAAUCCAAGUAUUUGACAGGCCUAUCUUGGAACAUCAGGACCUUUGGACCGUCUGAGCAGGGGCUCAAACGAUGCGGACAAAUCCAGCCUCAAUAGACUACCGGUAACUGCUCAUUCAUGCUUGCUUGCCUUAUUACGUUUUCUCGAUUGUCUAGUUUCGUUUGGGAAGCAAGUAAAAGUUUAGUUCCUGUAUGUGCAAAUGAACUCGAGUCUGUUGGUGACGUUUCUCAUUCAUUCAGGGGAUGUCAAAGUUGAGUCGUGGCGUCUGGACUUAAAAUCUUUCAUCCAAGUGGCUUCAUCAGACUGACAAAGCCAUUUGGAUGAGCGAUGGUCUUCUUUCACUAGGAAAGAAGACCAACCCUGAGUUUACAGUGGUCUGCAGUGCAUCCCCAUUGGCAUAUUUCAAAACCCGGAAUUUUCUUUUUUAUUCCGGCUUUUUAUCGCGACGUUAACGGACUGGAAACAGAAUCCUGCGUUGAGGUUCGGAGACAAGAAUGAGAUGCAGGCAUGACGAGGCGAUGUCAACAUUACCUUUGAUUGAUAAAGGUUCUAUCUAUUUUUGUCGAUGCAAUGGAGACGCACUAGUGGAAAUCAGCCUUUGAGUCCAGAUGCACAAUUCAACUUCAAGAACCAGAGUCUGGACAGACUAUUCGACCAAAGAGCAGGAAAGAACCGAAGAGAAUAAAUUAGGAAAAACAGCACCAAGUAUGGGGGAUACAAACUAUAGAGAGAAUGAAUGUUGAUUUAUGGGUAAUGGAGUAAGGAGGUGAAGGCUCUUCUCAAAACCAUGGGAGGACAUAGAGGAAGAGCUGUUUACCUCCUCGAGUCUUUUUUCUUUCUUUGCAGCCCACAAACAAGCAAAGUUUUUGAAAUCUACAAUUUCUUUUUUCAGGCAAUGUGGUCUAAUCUUGAGAGUGCAAUGGGAAAACAAAUUAAAUCAAAAUUACCUACCCAACUAAACUGAGUCCAUCAAACUGCAGAUAUGAAAAAUCCUCAAAAUUUUCUGGUGCUUUGAGUUAAACCCUAAAAAAACCCUGAUGUUCCAGAUGGGAGAUUGACAUACAGUGAUUUUUUAAACUCCUCCUGAAUUCAGACAAAAAGAAAAAACACUGCAAAAAGCUGCCAAUUUGUUCUAGCAGCUGUGCGCGGACCCCAGUAAAACCAAAUUUUUCUAAAAAUAUAUAUUGUCCCUGGGACAGUUUAGCUCAGGAAACACAAUUUAAAAAAACAUAUUUCUUUUUUUAAAUGCUCACAUUGACAGAUCAUGUAAUAACUGUGCGAUAUUUCAGAGAGAGGUUCGUCAUUUAUUUUACAUUUUAAAAAGUCAUUUAUUGUAAAUCAAAGUAAAUUCUUGUUUCAAAAGAUUUUUGUAACAUUUUGGGGAUGGAAACACCUUUAAGUUCUUACCAAAAAUAUUUGAUUUUUGACAACUGGCCCCACAUGAUUUCACUUUUUUUACAAAAAAGUUACCCAUCUUCCUGCAUUAUGAAGACAUCAUUCUUUUUUUUUUUUGGUCUAAGUGCAGCUUUUUGUGUAUUUUUCAUCGUAUGAUCUGAUAGUCUUUAGUGAAAGUCACAUCUAAAAGUACAUGACAUUAAAAUCUUGCAGACAGAAGCUAUAUUGAAACUCAAAAUGUCACUUUCCCGAAAUGCCUCAUUUUACAAAGAAUUCACUGAUGCGUAAAAAUGCACAGUUAAUAAAGUCUUAUAGCAGCAAUGCAUCCAUUUUAUUUCUGUGUCUGUCUUGCACAUAAAUACAGACACAUGCUUGUAAUCAAUAUUUGAUCUGAGGAUUAUGAAAUAAUUCUUCCUGAGUUAAAUCCCUGUUGCCAGAAUUGACGAAGUCCAGAGGUUUUUCUGACGGAAGUCCGCAGACGGUCCACGUCCUGCAUGCAGACACACUGGUUCUUUGCUGUUGCUCGCUGUGUGAACCAUCAUGCAGACAAUUCUUUCCUGUGAACGUUUAAGCGUCUCUUUUUUUUUCUCAGUCCGCAACUCCGACUUUCAACACAUCACAAGUGUGAUAGCUUUAAUAACCAUCGUCAUGCAUGAAGACAGCAUUCAGUCCUCCCACACUGAGGAUUUUGGGGUUGCUGGAGGGCGUCGUUUCACCUGAUCAGGACUUAUCUGUGCAUACGAAGUGUUCUUUGCUAUUUUAGACGACACCAGCCAGACUGUGUGUAGCCAUGCGUAUGAUUUUAGCUUUGUCAUUAAAUGUGGCAGUUUGUAGGGAUUUAAUCGGAGAAAUGCUGUAGAUGCUGUCCAGCUUUCUCCAAUCUGUUAAAACUUGAUUUAUUUUAUAUGGUCACUGACGAAUCACCACAAAGUUGACACUGUAUGCUGAUGACACUGUUCCGUGUUUGUGUUAAAUUGAUGGGCGGGGCCUGAGUGGUAGUACAGGUGAGGUUAGAUGUUUUACGGUCUGAUGUCUGGUUAAAAAUAAAAAGAUAAUAACAAAUGAAAAAAACUUUAUUGCUUGAUGAAUUCCAAGGCAGAUGUCACUUCAUCAGUUAUUCCAAGAAUGUGUGACUUGUAUUGAACAGUGAGCGCUGUUUUGCUUCAGUGACAUGUGGCAGCUUCCAUUUAAGUCCGACUUCAGAAAAAUCUACUUGUCAGUAAAGGACUAGAACUGAAUAUUGUCUUCUACUUCAAAGGAUAAUGCAUUCCUACUUACUAUGUAGAUAUUUCCAUUUUUCUGAAAUAAAAAUCCCAUUUCUUUUCGUCAAUUUUCCCUGCCCCUUUAAGAUAAAAAGAAAGAAAUCAAUUUAAUUGAUUGAAACAUUUGACUACAUAUUGGAAUUAUUGAAUGAAUUAAAACAAGACUUGGCACUUAAACUGAGGUCCCACGUGAAAUUCUUUUGAUAAUGUCCUGUCUCAGGUCCAUGACCGACGUGACUGCAUCUCAGGUAGAAUGCAAAGUUUUGGCCCCACCUGUCGGGAAAGGAACCCAUCCAUCAAGUCAAGUGCAACACGUUCUUUUAGAUCCAAAACCUGCAUAUAUGUUGUACAUGUUUUAUGUAUUUUUCUUAAUAUUUGGUGCAUUGUAAAAAUGUGUUUAGUAUUGCUUUUCUGUUGUCAUAUCAUGAAGAAGUUCAAUGUUUCUUGAAAUGAAGCAGGAUCAUGUUGUGGGUUGUACUUCUGUCACUUUGAAAGCUCCACCGCCUUUUGAUUCCCAAAAAUCUUGGAUUGUUUCACUGGUCAUUGUUUCCGAUUGAUUCUUUUGUCUCUCUGCUGUACUUUGGAAAUGUAACGUGUAUUAAUGGAGAAAAAGGAGUUCCACAUUCCCAUACACAUUUUGUAUUGGUUCAUAAAUAGACAUUUUUACAAAAACAAUGAAGAGUUCUUGUCUUAAUAAAAGAGAAAAGAUAUUAAUGUCCAAAACAAAAUGUGUCUGUUUUGCUUUUUCGGUUAAAUCCUCAAUAUCAGGAAGUUAUUGGGGAAAUGGAAGACACAAAGGCAGGUUUAUCAAACAAGUUUGCUCUACAAAACUGUUGGACUCGAAAAAA